AUGGAACACUUUUUUCCUUGGGUUCAUGUUACUCUUGUUGGACAAGACAACACGUGCAGGGAAUUCAAAAAUGUGCAUAUCCAUUUUCAACCAUCUUCUUUGCAAAUCAUAGACGUAGAUGUUUUCAACAUUAUUCCAUAUCAAAAAAUAAAAACAUUGACACGUGGCUGGAAUGUGCUCAAAUUCUCACUUGUAUCAGAAAGUGAGAACGACGAUAUACAGCUAAAGGUCAAAUUCGUCACACCUUCUUUGAAAAACACCAAUUCUAUGAUGAAAACGUUCAACGCGAUGAUGAAAAUAACAAAGAAACGAAUGGAGUCAACGCAAAGUGAUAUAUCUUAUGGCAAGCGACUAGAAAAUUGGAUUCGAAGGUUUUUUGGACUCAAAACUCUAUCAAAACCUUCGUUGUCAGAUAUGCCUAUCAAAAUACUUGCAACAAUUUCAGACUAUCUCGAGACUAAAGACCGAAUGAAUCUUCGUAAAGUAUCUCGAAGCCUUCAAGAUUUUGUUGACUAUCAAGGAUCUGGCAUAAAUAGUCUUGAAAUCUGCUACGGACAUAAUUCCGUUUCUUUGAAAAUUGUUAAGAAACGUAUAGAGUAUCGUGAACUCGAGGAACAUUGCCUAGUGUCAUACCAGAAUCAGGCAAAAGCUAUAGUAGAGGAGAAUCCAGAGAGUAUGAUGCUCAACGACGUAGCCGUUCUGUUACAAAGCUCUAACGUUCAGCUGGAUAGAUUCAGCUUGACUAUGGGAAAUUGGGGAUCUGGCAAGGUGCCAGAUAUCACCUCAAUUCAGAACAUUUUGAAAUCGAGAAAACUUCUGCGCAGUAAAAGUGUAUACUUUGAAUUCGUCAACAUCGAAAAUGUCUCUUCUUUUUUGCAACACUUUAAAGCUGGUUUUCUUGAGAGCAUGAGUUUAGACUUACCUGACAUAUAUUGUAAGGAUUUUCAAUUUGGAGAUAUGGUCCAUUUAGAACAGUGGGAGAAACUCAAAAAACUCUCAAUUCAAUUUUGUCGAGAGACGCAGCCAACGAGGCUCCUUCCAUUCAUUCAUCAUAUUCCUAAUGUGGAAAUUUCCAAUUUGAGAUUUCGGGCACUGAAGUUGAAAAAGGAAAAUGGGUAA